AAAAAAAAAAAAAACUUAAAGAACCCCGGUAAAAGAAAAAAAGAGAAGGGAAAAGAGAGCGGUUGAUUACUCAGUUUGACUUCAUGACCAUGGUCGACCUCGCAGCGUACGUUAAUAAGUGUAGCAGUGGAGGGUCCGAAACCAGAGGGUGCAAUCCGAUAACCUUUCAUCAAAGCCAUGUUUCAAACCCAAGGAUAAUAACCUCUUUGCAGACAUGUUACAGUUUGUUAAUACCCAAAAAAAGGUGUGCCUCGUGGCUAUAGAUCAUGCUGGUUUAUCAACAAAUACAGAAGAUUUGAGAGACUUUGUUCGUGCCAAUCCAAGCCUUUGCAAAAUAAUUAUAGACACCUUGCCAUUUACUAAUAGGGUAGUUAUUUAUGAAAGUGAAAAGUUAUUGGCUAAUUUACAAACAUUUAAAAACUUUGAUUGUAGGAGCAAAUCGCUUCAAAGAUCAAAAGAAUUUAUAAAAUUGCUCGUUUUUUCUACUAUUUGAAUUUAAGAGAAACUUUCUACAACUUCAAUUUAAAUAGACAAAUUUAAGUUGUGUUUUUUUCCUGCAUUGUUUGCAACAGAAAGGCAAGUAUGGUACUUCGAAGGAUUGGCCUCUAUCAUUUUCAAAGAUGUUAAAAUCGGUUCCAUCGGAUCGUCGACAUAACAGAUUUCUAAAUUUAUAUAUAUAUUAUUAUCCAAAUCCUUACUCUAAACGAUGCAAAAUAUUACUAGUAAUAAAAAAAAACCCCCAUUCUUAAAUCCUAUUGAGGAGUUUUGGUCCAAGUUGAAGAAUGUUGUAAACAACAAUCCUUCUUCAAUCAGGCAAAAUACUAAGAUAAGCGAGUGGAUUUGCAAUGUUUCUGUUCAUAUCAGCAAAGAGGAUUGUCAAGGCUGGAUAAGACAUUCCUUAUCAUUCUGGCAAAGGUGUAUAGAUUACGAAAAGGGGCUAUAAAAAUUGAAUGUAAUAAAA